UUCAUAAAUAACAUUAUUUUCUAUCAAAACAUUUAUAUAAAAUUACACAUGAGCUGUGAGUGCCAGAUCUUUUAAAUCAGAACUUCCUAACGAACAUGUUUACCUGCAGGUUUUCACCUGAUCCCAACAGGCAGGUGACAGGUGUCCGGUGGGCGGGGCUUGUUGCAGCUCGUGCAGUCUGCUCAGUGCUGAUAGAGCUCGUGCUGUCGCUCGGUCUGCAGUAAUUCUCAGAAACAAGAGAAGAAGAAGCCGGAGGACUCAGGACUGACUGUCGCUGUGUGAGACUUUUAUCUGAGGCGGAUCCUUGUAGAACGUGGACUUUAAAGAUCGUACAGUCAGCUGCUGGUUUCUGUUGUGGUUUUACUGGUUCCAGUUUGUCCGCUCGGCCUCAUUAACUCACCCGCUGCUGCUGACACAACUGACGUUUGUCUGGAGACCCCUCAAGCUCCUCCCACUCCUCUGACAUCAUAGUGUGGGACUUGACCCGGUGUCACUGCGGAGACGACACGUGACCCGCCCCCACAACCUGGUGAGGAAGAGGAGGAGCAGGAGGAGGAGAGCCUGAGCAGGAUGCUGCCCCAAAGCAAGAGAAGACCUGAAGAAGAGGAGGAGGAUGAGAAGGAGUCCAUCCUUCCUCCUCCUCUUCCUCCCAUUACCAUGACGACCUCAAAGGACAGCCAAACAGAGCCUACAGUGAGCCCUCUGGCCAAUCGGGAGGUCAGCUCAGACUCGGGGGAGGAUACGGGGGUGACACUGUCAGACUCCAACAGGGAGGUGUUACCGUGGCAACAGAAGAACGAGGAGGAGGAGCAUGACGAAGAGGAGACGCAGGCGGUGGCCUCGUCUCCUGAUGGACGAUUCCUCAAGUUCAACAUUGAGAUCGGACGAGGAUCCUUCAAGACGGUUUACAGAGGUCUGGACACGGAGACCACGGUGGAGGUGGCCUGGUGUGAGCUGCAGACCCAUCGUCUGAACAAGGUGGAGCGUCAGCGGUUCUGUGAGGAGGUGGAGAUGCUGAAAGCUCUGCAGCAUCCCAACAUCGUCCGAUUCUUCGACUCCUGGAAGUCGGUGCAGAAGGGCCGCAAGUGCACCAUCCUGGUGACGGAGCUGAUGACGUCCGGGACCCUCAAAACGUACCUGCGCAGGUUCCGUCAGAUGAAGCUGAAGCUGCUGCAGCGCUGGAGUUUCCAGAUCCUGAAGGGGCUUCAUUUCCUGCACUCACGCUCCCCUCCCAUCCUGCACCGGGACCUCAAGUGCGAAAACAUCUUCAUCACCGGGCCCACCGCCUCCGUCAAGAUCGGCGACCUGGGCCUUGCCACGCUCAAGAAGGCCUCGUUCGCCAAGAGCGUCAUCGGGACCCCGGAGUUUAUGGCUCCAGAGAUGUACGAGGAGAAAUACGAUGAGGCUGUGGACAUUUACGCCUUCGGAAUGUGCAUCCUGGAGAUGGCGACCUCCGAGUAUCCAUACUCUGAGUGUCAGAACGCCGCCCAGAUCUACCGCAAAGUCACCAAUGGAAUCAAACCAGACAGUUUCCUCAAAGUCAAAGUCCCGGAGCUGAAGGAGAUAAUUGACGGCUGUAUCCGAACCAACAGCAGCGAGAGGUUCACGGUUCAGGACCUGCUGGACCACCGGUUCUUCCAAGAGGAGCUGGGCGUUCAUGUGGAGCUCGCCGAGGACGACGACGGCUCGAGGGCGGCGCUGAAGCUCUGGCUCCGGAUGGAUGACAACAAGAAGCUUCACGGAAAAUACAAAGACAACAACGCCAUCGAGUUCCUGUUCGAGCUGUACAAAGACGUCCCCGAGGAGGUGGCCCAGGAGAUGGUGGUGUUGGGUUUUGUGUGCGAGGCGGACUAUAAGCUGGUUGCCAAGGCGAUCAGACACAGAGUGACGGCCAUAAAACGUCAGCGGGAGAAACAGCGGCGCCUGAAUGAGGGAGCUCUGAACCGCCAAACGGACGCCGUCAUCGAGGAGGAGCUGGACCCCACCCCCAAACCACCUGAACCAUCCAAUCAGAGACCUGCACCUGCUGCAAGCGCAUCAGCUGAGGGGAAGGUAGCCAGCCAGCAGGACGCAGCAGUUUUUCAAGCACCGCCCCCCCCCUGGAUAGAAGCCCCACCCAUGGUAACCAUGGCAUCAUCAAUGCUGUCAUCAAGCAGCAGCCUGGUAGAUUCUGGGAUCAGCAGCAUGUUCAGUAGGACGGAGGAAGACGGAGACGAGGACGACAAGGCAGCCAAACACACGUCGUACUCCUCUGCCACAUCGGACUGUGAGAUAGACAACUCCUCAGGUGUCACAGAGAAGGUCGAAGCCACGCCCUCUCCUGUCACAAAUCCCACCUCUGCCCUGUCCUUCUCUGCUCCUGCUCCAGUGGCUCAGGAAACCCCUCGCCUUGAAGCUUCUCCCUCUUUGACCCGGGCUCCAUCCAAGGCUCCGCCCCUUCCUGUGCUGCGUUUCCCCAAGAGCAUCGCUGUGUCCCAUAAUGCAGAGCAGCCGUCGUCUGAAUCAGUCUGCGGCUUCUCCUCACCUGUUGAUAGCUGCACCUCUGACGUGACAUCAGGUUUGAGUGACGGCACUGACGGCCAAUCAGAUAAGGGCAACCAGGAAGUAAGGAAAAGGGUGGCGAUGAAGCAGUUCAGGAGGAGAGCGAGGGCUCGUCUGAAAAUCACCGGGGUGUCAGACAUGGUGGACCGGGUGGUGGAGUGUCAGCUGCAGACUCACAACAUUAAGAUGGUGACCUUUAAAUUCGACCUUGACGGAGACAAUCCAGAGGACAUCGCGUCUGUGAUGCUCCACAGAGACUUCAUCCUCCCGUCAGAGCGGGAAGGAUUCAUUCUCCGCAUGUAUGAGAUCAUCACAAGGGUGGAGUCACUGAUGCAUCAGCAGCCAGCAGACACGGACGGGUUGUCUCACCUAACCCCCCCCUCGCUGCCUGAGUCCACGCCUCACCUGUCGACCCCGGGCCUCUCCAGAGCACUAUCCUUAUCCUCACUACCUGACAUUGAUGCUGACCCCUCUCCCUUAAAGGGCGUAGACUUCUACAUCGACCCUGAGGCCACGCCCGCCGUCAGGCCGCUGAGGUCACAGUCUUUUCACACCUCAUCAGCUUCCUCCCAUCAGCCCCCCAUCUAUCCCUUCCAAUACCCCCACCCAGACUCCGCCCUUUCCUCCUCCCACCUCCCUCCUCCUCAGUAUCACCUCCAGUCUACCCCCUAUUCCCCCUACACCGCCCCCUUCCCCGCUCAGAGCCCCGCCCCCGGCCUCCAUGGAGUCCACAGUAACCCCUCCCUCCUCAGCCCCCCAUCCACCUCUUCCUCGGCCCCUCCCCCUCCUCACUGGCCCCCCCCUGACCAGCCUUUCUUCACUCUGACCAACAUGCUCUCUCUGGCCAUGAGCAUGGCCCAGACCUUCAUGCCCCCACCUGGGGCCCCGAACCAGGGCUUUCUCCCCCACAACCAGCCCCUGUCUCCCCCGUUCGCCUCCCCCCAACCCCUCCAUUCUCCCCCCAUGUCUCCAUCCCUGGGCCCUAAGCUCCACCCUCCACCUGCCUCCUUCUCUGCUCCGCUCUCCUCCCAACCUCCCCACAGCCACCAACUCACUCAGACAGGCUCCGCCCAUGACAGCCAGCAGGGGGCGUCGCCAGGCCGGACUGACACACCUCAGUCAUUGCCACGUCACAGUCACAUGGUUCAGCUGAAGGUCGGCUCAGCUCCGCCCCCUCAUGGUUCAGAGACGGUCGCUGCUCCCAGUGCUCCCAGUCCGACCAGUGCACCCAGUCUGACCAGUGCUCCCAGUCCGACCAGUGCUCCCAGUCCGACCAGUGCACCCAGUCCGACCAGUGCACCCAGUCUGACCAGUGCUCCCAGUCUGACCAGUGCACCCAGUCUGACCAGUGCACCCAGUCUGACCAGUGCUCCCAGUCUGACCAGUGCUCCCAGUCUGACCAGUGCUCCCAGUCCGAGCAGUGCUCCCAGUCUGACCAGUGCUCCCAGUGCUCCCAGUCUGACCAGUGCUCCCAGUGCUCCCAGUCUGACCAGUGCUGCUCCUCACAGAGUGUCUCCCCCCAUCCUCCCAUCACCCAGACUGUCCCCCAUUCAGGAGGUGAAGAAACCUUCAGUCGUCACUGUCGGUCGUUUCCAGGUGACGCCCUCUAAAGACGUUCCCGCUGUCUAUCAUCAGGGGCCCCGCCCACUCGACCAGGCCACACCCACCGCCCACUCUCCACCUCCCUCCAGGCCAAAACAAUCAGGGAGCUCAGAGAGCAGCACGGAGGAACAGAACGAAUCAGACAGUAGCAUCGCCAUGGUGACAGUCUCCCUGGCUGGUGGUUACCAUGACAACCCUGGAGGACAGGAGGACGAGUGGAGGAGGGGCGAGGAUGAAGAGGAGGAGGAGAGGAAGAGGAGGAGGGGUCAGAGGCUGAGUGUCAGUCAGUGGGAGGGGUCAGCCAGCAGCGCUGGCUUCAGCCAAUCACGGAGCCGCUCUGCACCCGUCUUCAGCUCUGACGAAUCAGAGAGCGAGAAGGAGGAGAUGUGGGAGGAGCUACAGGAGCUGCGGGAAAGACACCUGACGGAGGUGCAGAACCUACAGGCCAAUCAGAAGCGAGAGAUCGAGGAGCUGUACCUGAGGAUGGGUAAAGCCCCGCCCCCUGGUAUCGUCUCUCCGGCCGCGAUGUUGAACCAUCGCCAACGCCGCCUCUCCAAGAGCGGGAACUACCCACCUGCUCACAAAAACAGCCUACAGAGACUUGACGUGCUGCCCCCUGCAGGCAUCAUGAGGAAGAGUUCGCUCAGCGGCAGCAGCAGCGGCUCUCAGGAGAGAGCAGGGAAAGGAGUGACCUUUGCCCCCGAACACACCUGUAUGGUGAGUUCACACCCUCACCUGUACAGCUCCAUGACAGAGAGCACCUGCUGACUGAUGAGGAGGACGAAGAAAGAGGAAGAGGAGCGACACGUUGCUUUAUUAUCAAAGCUGCAGAGAGACGAACACCUGAUCUGGGUUUUAUAAACUGUCCCAGCUCCUGGAUCUGGUCUGAGACCUGGAUCUGAUCUGAGACCUGGAUCUGGUCUAAGACCUGAGACCUGGAUCUGAUCUGAGACCUGGAUCUGAUCUGAGACCUGAGACCUGGAUCUGAUCUGACACCUGGAUCUGGUCUGAUCUGAGACCUGGAUCUGGUCUAAGACCUGAGACCUGGAUCUGAUCUGACACCUGGAUCUGGUCUGAUCUGACACCUGGAUCUGGUCUGAUCUGAGACCUGGAUCUGGUCUGAGCUGCUCGUCCUCCUCUGACCUGGAUCAGUUGUUUCUGCAUGAACACGUCAUCAGACCCUCGCAGCUGAUUUUACACAUUUUAUAUGUUUGUGAUUGUUUGUGUUUGACUGCUGUCAAUCAAAUCAGCUGCAGAGUUUCUGAGUGCUCGAUGUGAAUCUAUAACUUUGACGUGCUGCUCAUGAAGUCCACCUCCUGCUGUAUUCUGAGUCUGUAUCCACCGACCCGGAACCACCGCGCUCCGUAUUAAGAGGUGAUGUCAUAAAGACUUGUUGUGACGUUUGAAGAGAGACGACUGAACGAACAGAAGCUCCAGCACAGCGAGCGCCGCCUCAGGUGACGUCUGGCCGAGAUGUGAAGAGAUGAACAUGUGGGUUUGGACGUGUUGCAUUCAGAGCCCACACCCUUCGGAGGACUCUGCUUUCCUCACAUAAACUUUCUGUUUUCAGUCUCUUAGUUUUAACAGAUGUACCAUAUUAUUUUCAUUACUGGAGUCCAAUGCAUCUUGUGAUAUGUUGGACCAGAAAGGAUUCACCCCCCACUGGGAACUCGUCUUUGACAUGAAACCAGAAUUUACAGGAUUCAUUUAAUCUCAGUUUGUAAAGUUUGAAUUAUUCCAAUAUUAAACCUCAUAUUUGAAAGUUUUUUGCCCAAUAAAAGUUUGAUGGUAGAAUUAUAAAAA